AUGGAUUCAUCCUCGUUUGAUUUUCUCAUCAUCGGCGCUGGAAUUUCCGGCAUCAAUGCAGCGUAUCGUCUACAAACCGAGUUCCCAGAUCGUCGCUUCGCCAUCCUCGAGGCACGCAGCAAUAUUGGCGGCACGUGGGAUCUCUUUCGUUACCCGGGCAUCCGAUCGGACUCUGACCUUUAUACUUUCGGGUUGAGAUGGUAUCCAUGGAAUCAGGCGAACCCGAUCGCCGAAGGUGGGGAUAUCCUGAGGUACUUGGAAGACGCGGCAACCUCCCAUAACAUACGACAGCAUAUCCGUCUCAAUCACCGUGUCAAGUCAGCGGACUGGGACGGCCGGCAGUGGAGCCUCGAGGUGCAGAAUGAAGAGAUCACUCACGAGUUGCGCGCCAACUUUAUCAUAUUCGCAACGGGGUACUACGACUAUCACACGCCCCUGCAGGCUACUAUCCCCGGAUUAGAAGACUUCCAAGGCACAGUUAUCCAUCCCCAAUUCUGGCCCGAGGACUUCGACGCGGCCGGCAAGAAGAUCGUCAUCAUCGGCAGCGGAGCUACAGCCGUGACCCUUGUCCCAUCGCUGGCCGAAGAUGCGGAAUCCGUCACGAUGCUUCAACGGAGCCCGACGUAUCUGGCCUCCGUCCCCAACCGUGGGAAACUCGACUCGGGAUGGGCUCGUCUGCUUCCGAGAUCUGCAAUGUUUCGCCUCCGCCGACUGUGGUUCCUGGUCGUGCCCCAGCUGUUCUAUGCCUUUUGUCGGAAAUUCCCCAUGGCCACACGUUCCCUCCUACAGAAGGGAGUCAGAGCCCAGCUGCCGCCGAAUAUGUCCAUCGAUCCACAUUUCAAACCUCGCUACAACCCCUGGGAGCAGCGCCUCUGUGCCUGUCCCGAUGGCGACUUUUUCCGGGCGCUGAGCUCCACUAAGGCAAAAGUCGAAACAGGUGUGAUUGACUACGUCGAUGAAAGUGGAAUCCAACUAGCCUCAGGCAAGAGGCUCGAGGCCGACACAGUCAUCACGGCAACAGGUCUGCGCCUCCAGCUCUUCGGCGGGAUCCCCAUUACCAUCAAGGGGGUCAAGUUCGACUCCUCGACAAAAUACGCAUGGAACGGACUCAUGCUCCAGGACCUACCCAAUGCCAUGAUGAUCCUGGGUUUCACCAACGCCUCUUGGACGCUGGGUGCGGAUAUUGCGAUGCGGAUUGUCUGUAGGGUAGUGAGGCAUAUAUACCAGAGUGACUACGCGGCUGCGGUUCCUGUCGUCGAAUCGGAAAAUAAGCUGGAGAAUCAUCCGAUCAUGAACCUCUCGUCUACCUAUAUUAAGCGUGCUGCCGCGGAUCUGCCUAGGGCCUCCACGAAGCGACCCUGGGUGGCGCGCACAGGGUACUUUUCUGAUCUGUUCUUUUCGCGAUUUGGGGACAUCAAGAAGGGACUGGUGUUUUAUUGA